AUGGUCCUGCACAGAGGAAUACAUGGCGACGGUGUCAUAGCCGCUGCUGUGACAGGCGGAUACUAUAUGGAUACGGACAUUGGAGCGAGUGGAGGUGGGGUUAUGCUUAAGUCACAGAGUAUAUGGUGGGGAAAGGGAAUUGCCGGUCGCACUGCCGUGAAAUGUGUGGAGCUUCAUCAAGCAUGA